UGAUUGUGGCUCAGAGCGGUCGGGUGAUGACGUGAAGCGCUGCACACACACACACACACACACGCACGCACGCACACACACAUCUGGAACAGCUUGAGCAGCUGUACCUGAAGAGAAGAGCUCCUCCACAAAGCCGGUACUUUCUCUAUCUCUCUCGUACUCUUUUUUUUGUUUUGCUGUCUCUAAAUCUUUCUCUGCUUUUUGCCGGAGCGCUGGAACGGUCACCCGCUGAGCAUCAGCAGAGAGGAGAAGCGAGUGAGCAAAAAGAGAAGAGGAGGCACACGAGGACAGCAACAUGGGGACCAUUUUUUAGGCAAGUUGACAACCUUUAGUCGGAGUGCAAGAGAGGGUGAGAAAUGUACCAAAAAGAGUGUGAAGGAGAGGGGGAUUAAAAAGCCGGAAUGCACUGACACUGGAGACCUGAGUUUCUGUUUGCAUUUGGCACAGCAAGACCUGUCACUCCACACACACACACACACACACACACUUACACACACUGUUUGCUUUGGAGGAUGUUCCCAUGAGGCCACGCCAGGAGGAGAGAACACCUUCCAAGGAUCUGUUAACCCCCCACCCCUCACCUAUAGCUUCUCCAAAGUGCCGGCCCCCUCCAGCCUACCUGCACCAGUCACAACACGCCGCAGAGUCACACUCUCUCACUGGAUUUCCUCACGGGACACCACAGCAGUCACUGUGGCUGAGGAGCUUUUCUGACCUGCUGCAGGAUGUCCAAAGCCUCCAGGCUGGCGCGGCCCUCCGCCUCCUCCAUCGGGGCCGGAUCCAGGCUUCCCUCCCCCAGGAAGGAAUCAACGGGUCGAGUUCGGGUGCUGAGCGUUGGGGAAAAGCUGAUGAGGGCAGGUAGCGAUGGGAUCCUGAGCCGACAGAAGUCUCUUAAAGUCGCUGGGACUCAGGACAAAGCACAGAGCGAGACUCAGGCCGAGGCCCCCAGACAGAAUCCAGGUGAGAAGGGCCAACACAUGGAGAUGCUACCCCCCAAGAGCAAGAUCAGCCCACCUAAAGCCUCCAGUCAGCAGCAAGGCUCUAUGCACAAACAAACCAAAAGCAACCUGAAGGUAACGUCUCCGGAGGACGGGCAGCACGUCAGCCGCAGACAGGUGCCCCCAAAUGGGACAAAAGGGGACGCUAAAGGCAGCCGGACCGUCCCACGCAGACACACUUUAGGCGGGGCCAGAGGCUCCCGGGAGAUCCUGGCUAUGCAGCCGCCGGAAAUGGACAAGAAGAGGGAGGCCUUCCUGGAGCAUCUGAAGCAGAAAUACCCCCAUCAUGCAUCAGCCAUCAUGGGCCACCAGGAGAGGCUGAGAGAGCAGAGCAGAAGCCCAAAGCACGGCCCCAGCAGCGUUGGAGAGGCGGACCACCUCUCCCUGGCCUCCCUGGAGUCACUGGACACCAUGUCUGAGGCCGACUCCCCCACAAACUUCACCCGCGGCAGCCGGGUUCGAGCUAGCCUGCCCGUGGUGCGAUCGACCAAUCAGACGAGGGACCGCUCGCUAGGUGUGCUGUACCUGCAGUACGGAGACGAGACCAAACAGAUCCGCAUGCCCAACGAGAUCACCGGCAUCGACACCAUCAGAGCUCUGUUCGUCAGUGCCUUCGCAGCGCAGCUCAACAUGAAGAUGCUGGAGUCGCCCAGCGUCGCCGUCUACGUCAAAGACGACAUGAGGAACGUGUACUACGAGCUCACCGAUGUCAGGAACAUCACGGAUCACUCCUGUCUGAAGGUGUACCACAAAGACCCGGCGCAGGCCUUCAGCCAUGGACCCCGACCUGCUAAUGGAGACGCCAGGAUGCACAGUGAGAUGGUGCAUGCUGGUCGUGAUGGGCCUCACCCUCUGAGACAGCCCCCCAUGGGCCCCCCCCCUCACCACCCCAUGCAGGGAGCACUUCCCUCGACCCCCCACUCCAUGCCCCCGUCCCCCUCCAGAAUCCCCUUCGGCCCGCGACAGGGCCCCAUACCUGGAAGCGCCACCAUCCCAAGAGAGCGUCUUCCUAACGCCAGUCCUCGCUCCAUCUCCCCGUGUCCCAGCGCCAUCCUGGAGAGAAGGGACGUCAAACCGGAUGAAGACAGAGGGGGUAAAAGCCACAGUUUGUCCAGGGGCAACGAGGGCUUGUACGCGGAUCCAUACUUGCUCCAAGAUGGCAGGAUGGCUCAUGGAUCGCACCCCAAUCCUGGUUCUGAUGUUCCAGAUCAUGGCAUGGGGGGAUUUCACAGAGCCUCCAUCCGCUCCACAGGCUCUUACAGCGGGCCGAGUCCCACAGACAGUAUGGAGCAUCCCUCCCUCUACAGGCAGAAGUCCAGAAACAGCCAGCUUCCAACUCUGGGAUCCAAGACUCCUCCGCCAUCCCCGCACCGCAUGGCUGAGGUACGGAUGAUUGACAUCCAUGGGGGACAUCCUCAUGGCCCGCCUCCUCAUGGGAUGCCUAUUCACGGCAUGCCACCUCACGGCAUGCCACCUCAUGGGAUGCCUCCUCAUGGGAUGCCUCCUCAUGGGAUGCCUCCUCACGGGAUGCCUCCUCAUGGCGUUCCUCCUCAUGGCGUUCCACCUCAUGGGAUGCCUCCUCAUGGGAUGCCUCCUCAUGGCGUUCCUCCUCAUGGCGUUCCUCCUCAUGGCGUUCCCAUGGAGAGAAGCUCACCUGUGCGCCAGUCCUUCAGGAAGGAGGAAGUGUCAGGAACCAAGCCUCGAAACAACAUGGGAUCCCCUGUGGUGUCCGACAUCCAGGGCCACCUCCAGGGGCCCAUCCCACCUGCCAAUGAGCACCACACACGCGAGCGACCCUCGAAGACUUCGUCUCCAGCUCACAGCGCACACAGCUCAGGCGGUUCCCCUGUCUUGGCUCCAAAGAGCGGCGCUUCUCCAUCUAACAGGAGCCCGGUUCCCAUCAAAGUCAACCUCCUGCAGUUCAGGAAGAAUGUUUCUGACCUCAGGAUGCAACUCCAUCAGAUGAGACAGCAACAGCUCCAGAACCAGGAGGCACUACGGGUCCAGCUGAGGCGCGCCGAGCAGGAAAUCAGUGUGAAACUUGCCGAGGCCAUGCGGGGUCUGGAGGAUCCGGUGCAGAGGCAGAGAGCGCUGGUAGAAGAAGACCGGCACAAGUACCUGGGCCUGGAGGAGCGAGUGCUCUCACAACUCGGAGAUCUGGAGCAGUACGUGGGCUCUCUGCAGAACGACUCGGCGGCGGCGGCACAGAGAGUCGUGACCAUGAAGGACGUGGAGGAGGGAGCCGUGACUCUGAGGAAGGUGGGAGAGUCUCUGGCUGGGCUCAAAGGAGAGUUUCCAUCCCUGCAGACCAGGAUGCGCUCGGUGCUCAGGGUGGAGGUGGAUGCGGUGAAGUUUCUGAAGGAGGAGCCUCACAAACUGGACAGCAUGCUGAAGAGAGUCAAGAGCCUGACCGACACACUCAGCGGUCUGAGGAGAUGUGCUUCUGAGGGCUCUCAGAAAGGACCCAGUCCCUCUCCUAGCGUCCCCGUGGAGGCCAGCCCUUCAGCAGCGGCCCCUGCAGAGCCUCUGGAGCCCCAGAGCUCCACCAUCAAAUCUGAGGUGAUGCCUUCCUCCCCGGUGAUCAUCCAUCACGUGCAGAGCUCCCCGGUUCUGAUCCAGCAGUCCCAGCAGUCUGCAGCCCUGACAGCUCAGCCCAGUCCUCCUCUCACCCCCAGCCCCUCUCACACCCCCAGUCCCAUCCCGGGCAAGAGCCAGGGCAGGGAGUCUCCCAAAGGGGCCGCCUCGGAUCCACCGAGUCCCGCCCGUCUUAAGAAGACUCGAGGGAACCCGGUGAAUAACGGAAACGGCCCUACCAGCCCGGGAUUCGUCAUUGAGGAGCUGCAGAACAGCCAGGGCAAGAACAAGAGCAGAGCCGUUUCCAUAGAGGCAGCAGAGAAGGAGUGGGAGGAGCGGAGGCAGAACAUGGGUCACUACGAUGGGAAAGAGUUUGAGAAGAUCCUCCUGGAGGCGCAGGCCAACAUGAUGAAGGGCAUCCCCAGUCUGGAGGUGGAGGAGAACCAGGCUCUGCCCCCCACUGCCGCCGCAGAACCAGCAGACACCCCCAACCCUGUGGAGUCCCCAACAGAAGAGCUCCAGUCUCAGCCUGACAAACUGGAGAAGAAGGCUCCUGAGAAACUCCCGAAGCCUGUGAUGGAGAAACCAGGCAAACCUGCUCUGGAGACACCCCCGAAGACCGCCGCCAAGCCGGCGUCCCCGGACAGUUUUACAACAAAGCAGGGGGGUGAGAGGACCAGCAAAUCUCCCCCACCACCUCCCCCCCCCAGGAAGACCUUCUCCCCCAGCUCCAGCUCAGGCAUGACCACCACUCGCUCCGGAGAGGUGGUCUACACCAGCAGGAGGGAUUCCGUCUCUGCACAGGAGGGUGAAGAGGACACACCACCUCCCAGCCCCCAACCCAGACCCAACAAGGUUGCUCCAGAGACGAAGCCCAAGCCGGCCACCCCUCCCCCCGUCACUGUUCCCACAGAAGAGGAGGACGAAGGGGAAAAAAUCAUGGCUGAGCUUCAGGUGUUCCAGAUGUGCACAGUUAAGGAUGUAGGGGUGAAACAUUUGGUAGAACCCACCUCUCGAAUUGAUCCGCAAAUCAGAGAGCUGAGGCCGUUAUUGCCUCUCAAAGAGAAAAAGCAGAGCUCAGAGUCCACACGGGAGGAUAAAGAUCCCGACACAGAUGAAAAUGGGAACACUACUCUCCGACAGAGCCAAGGGGUCAUUUACUAUGUGACCGGGCAGAUUCCCAAAGAGCAUCCAACGGUGUCCGGAACGGAGGAGAUCCACGAACACCGAGAGACCGCACAGCCUCCAUCACAGGUGUCAAAUGUCAAUGUUAACGACAAUUCUCCAAGUCAGCAGCCACUACCGUCUUCACCACCAAAAUCUCCUAUAACACCUCCACCGAUAUCCCCCAAACCUGUGGGACUGAAAGGAUUCAAACUUCCAAGGAAGCAAAUGAAACGCUCCGAGUCCUUGAAGAGCAGCGUAGAAAUGGAGAAGGGGAAAAUCCUCAACAAAAUUAACACUGAAAAGAAAAGUAAAUCUAUCUUGCAGCAUAUUUCUUCAAGUAAGAAUAUAAUACCUGAGCCUGUGGCCACAACAACAACCAACACCAUUAAGGUGGCGCCAAAAAGUUCACUAAAAAAGGCUCACAGUGAGGAUCCGCCUAAAGCAAACUACGUGGAUUUUAAUGAGGAGGACAGUCUUAGUCCUGACUUACCUGGAGAAGAGGCUCCUCCCCCUCCUGACAACAUAGCAUUUAUGAUCACUAACACCAAAGUGCAGGCCCUGUCCUGCGGCGAGUACCAGGACCUGGUCAACGCCAAGAAAGGAAGCGUGCAGACGGUCACUGUAGGUAGCGCUCACAACCGAGGGAACGCCUCAAUGGAUCCCAAUUUCCAACAUGACAACCGCUACAACAAGAAGCCCGUCAUCAUCAUUUUUGACGAGCCCAUCGACAUCCGUUCGGCGUACAAACGUCUGUCUGUCAUCUUCGAAGGUGAGGAGGAGCUGGACAGGAUGUUAGCGGCCGAGUGCAUCGAGGAGGAGAGCGAGGAGUCUGACUCUGAGAAGGGUAGCGGGCGGCAGGCUAAAGCAGGAGGGAGCAAGGUGGUUGACGGCAAAGACGUUAGCGCUUCACAGCUCAAUGCUGAUCACGUUAGCUUAUCAUCCUCAUCUUCAUCGAUCUCUGAGCCCGCAGACAGUGGAGUGAACUCAAACGAUGACGCCAAGACGGACGGUAAGAAGAAGUUCAAGUUUAAGUUCCCUAAGAAACAGCUGGCGGCGUUUACCCAGGCCAUCCGCACCGGCACCAAGUCCGGAAAGAAGACCUUACAGGUGGUGGUGUACGAAGACGAGGAGGAAUCAGACGGUACGAUCAAGCAGCACAAGGAGGCCAAGAGAUUUGAGAUCACGCGCUCUAAAUCCCUAGCAGAGGCUCACAAGGGCGCAGUGCUGAAGAGGCAGAACUCAGAGUCCCUCUUCAGGACGGACGAGAUCCGGAAGAACGCCUACAAGACGAUGGACAGCCUGGAGCAGACCAUCAAGCAGCUGGAGACCACCAUCAGCGAGAUGGGGCCGGCCUCCCCCACGGAGGAAACUAACACGGGGAAUGGGAACAUCUCAGAAGGAGCGGGGCUUAAGAGGUCUUCCUCUCUGCCCACCUCCAGGGGGUCCGGCCCUAAGGUACCCAGCAAAAGCAUUCUGGUGAAGAAGACUAAACCCCAGCUGCUCCCUCGCCCUGUUGUCGUCCCUACUACCAGCACCACCACUGUCCCCAGUGAAACUACCGUACAACAGAUCCCCUUGCAGAACACCAGUGUCGCGUCCCCUACUAGUCGGAUGCCCGUCCCUUUGUCUGCGAAGUCCAGGCAGUCGCCGGGUACUACUGACAAAGCAGGAAAACCGCAAAAACUGCAGGACGCUCAGAGGCAGUUCCGACAGGCUAACGGAAGUGCUAAAAGAGUGGGAGGGGAUCAUAAAACUACUUCCCCUACUAUUCCCACCUCUAAAAUCCCUGCUUUUUAUCCUAGCUCUCCUAAAGGCAGCCCCCAGUCUGCACCAAACUCAGAUGCUACUAAUCCCAUUAACCCUUCCUCUUCCUCCUCUGCGACAAAGUCCUCCAUCCUGUCCUCUCCUCUUCCUCGCUCCGGUUCCCAACCCUCCUCCCACAUCCCCUCCCUGUCUAACGGAUCCCUCAAACUCCCCUCACAACACACGGGUAAAACUCUUUCGUUCUCCUCGCAGAAUGGUCGAGUGCACUCCUCCUCUUCCUCCUCUUCAUUCUCAUCAUCCUCAUCCUCCCCCUCCCCUCUGUCGCCCACACCUUUGGGCCCGGGUGGAAAGAGCAUCCGCACCAUACACACCCCCAGCUUCACCAGCUACAGGGCCCACAACGGCAGCAGCAACGGCAAAUCCUGCAUCCCAACAGCCACCGCCGCUAAGGACGCUUCCUAGGCCCCGUUUACCGCCCAGUGGUCUGUUAGCAGCUCAUAGAGUCCUGAUGUGAACCCCCAAAUGUUGAGUACUCCAAAGUUUUAUCCUUUAAAUGUAUUGUACGGGUCCCCAGCACAUAGAAGCUGCCAGAUGCUAGCUUGCAGACGUUGCGUUAAAUAGCAUUAAUUAGCAGCUUAUGUUGACAAUAGUUAAAUAAUUAAACGGCUUGGCUCCAACUGUUUUGGAGUCAUUUUUGGAAUAAUUGAGUCCAUUUCUGAUCUUUUCAGAAUCAAACAUGCCAGUUUUAACCAGAAAGAGGCAAUAUUUGUACUCUGUGGGCUGACUUUUAUACAUUUUGGGUCAAUUUUGAAGAUUUAGAGGACUCAUUUGGAUUGAACAGAUUGCUUAUCUAUUUGAAUAUAUAAUGAUAAAUUGUCCACAGUAAUGACGUAAUCAUUUUCAUCUUGUGCUCUGUAAAUCCAAUGGUCACAACUAGGGAUGGGUAUCGUUAAGGUUUUAACGGUACUACUACUUUUAUCGAUACCGCUUAUCGGUCCGGUCUUUUAACGGUACUCUUAUCGGUUCUUUUGGAGAGAAAAAACGAGGUAAACUAACUAUAUGUUGUAUGUCAGGGACUACGAAUGGAAAUUAGCUCAAAGAUAAAAUCCGGCAUAUUUAAUAAUCUGA